AUGUGUAACCGUGGUUCUAUGUUUUAUGAAGGUUGUCAGAAUACUCCGGGAAAGUCUUCAAGAUUCUGUGCAGAACAUGAAGAUCUUGCUUGCAAGUUUAAGGAUGACUCUGACAAGAUGACAGGAGAAGCAAAGGAGAUGUUGCCUGAUGUUGGCAGUAACAACGCUGACAUAUUACCUGUGAAAAUACUCAAUGAUAAGCAAACACGUAACGGGAAAUUCUAUGAGGUAAACUUUAGGCAAAUAAUUAUUAAUGAACUAAAAUUAGCAGGGCUUUGUGCAAGGUAUUGUAAGUGUAAAUUUUUAUAUAUUUUGUGAAAAGGAACACUACAAUGCGAUGUAAUGUUGGGGUUGUGUUUAAAGUGGCUAUAUGCAAUAAAAACUUUUAUAGUUGUAUUGCAAAGUUUAUUUAAAAUGAUAACAUAACAUAAAAUUUUGCUAUCUUUUCUACAUGUCAAGAUUUUCAACUUUGAUACAAAUGUAUCUUAAAUGACGUCACACUGCAUAAUGAUAUUCUUACAGAAAUGUUUUUGCUUGAUAAAAUUACCAUGGUCUCAAAUAUAAGAUCUAAUUAAUAGCUUUGACAGGUCGUUCAGUAUAUCACUUUCCAUAUCAGUGGCGUUAUCACAUGUUUGGAAAGGCAAAGCUUUCUUUCUAGCAACUCAUCAUGCUUUGUAACGUCAUUUAAGUCAUAUCGCAUGUCAAACAAUGUGCAAUAGAGAGCUUAAGCAAGCGACGUUUUUGACAACACCACAGAGUAGAGAUAUACAGAGAGGAAGCUCCCGGCAAAUUAUGUCAGGCACUUUUACCAAUAUAUUAACUAUUGGAAAUUAUAUUAAUUCACCAUUUUAUUAAAUUUUGAAAUUGGAGAGGAAUGAAACUAUACAUAUUAUAGAAGUAUUCAUGUAUACGAGAGUUUACAUUUUGAGGAAUUUACAUCAUUCGCUGCUUUGUUAUUUAUACAUGAUCGUCUGGAAUUCCUAGCCCGUGCAUUUCACGAUUUUAAUAAGGAGUGGAUAGGGAAAAAACAAACUUUUGGUAAAUAAAUUGUUUUGUUAACACUUUUAAUAAAAGGAAAUGAAUAAAAGUGAUCGCUUACCGUUAUUCUACAAUAAUUUAUUUAACACAAUUUCCAUGGGUAUCUCAUUUAUUUAAAAAAAGCGAUUUUCAAUAUAGGCAUUUUCCCUAUACUUUGCUAUGAAAUUUCAGCGACGGCACUGGCUGGCAAAUUUUGCCUGGAGCGUGGAAAUGACGUUCACGCGUGACGCAAAAAUUGAGGUUAUCGACUAAGAGUUUCCUCUCUGUAUAUCUCUACUCUGUGACAACACGGACGCCAACCGGAAGUCAAUCGAGCCGUUAGAGAUGGCGACAGCCGUUCUUCUUUGAAACCACGAACGUGAAACUUCAUUGACUGUCGUUCGUCAUUUCAAACAAGAAAAUAGUCAACCACAAUGCAUGUUUACCUCUUACCUUGAAAGUCAUUCAAUAGCAACAAAUAACGAUUAUGAAUUGUUAAACUUUGUCAAAAUAAAUCAGUUAAAAUGAGCAAGUAUAACCAUAUGAUAGUUGAAAUAUAUGAUGGGUUGAAAACCAAAACAUGAAUUAGUCCGCCAAUAAAAUGGCCGCCAAGCAUUUUUUGAGCGCGCAAUUCAUCGUGGUUGACAAUGAUUCUUUAAGCUCUCAAGCUAACAAAUAUUUAGAAAGUAAGUUAUGAUUUUUAAUGAUUUUUGCCAUUCACUUAACUUAACUUAACUGAAAAAUACAAUGGUUCGGUUAAAAAUUAAGCAAGGGUGAGCGUUGAUGGAGGUUUUAACAUUUUUGAUAAUAAAGGUAUUGUGGUCCAAUUCCUGCAAAAGUUGGAUUAAAGAAGAAAAUUUACCCAAAAAGGUGGUGGAAUUUAUAAAGAAAGGAGAGGAAUAUGGACAAAAAAAAGUAUGUGUUACUGAGUUUGGGCAGAAGAGACGACGAGUAUUAAAAAUGGAUACAAGUGGGGAAAAAUCGCGUGCAUAAUUAAUUAUGCAUUCAGAUUACUAAUUUACAUGCUGCGUUUUAAAUGUACCUUCACUAGACCAAUUGCGAAACUUAGUGGGCGCGCCUUCAUACUGCACGAAAACGAGGCUCAUUAUGCAAAAACAAAACAAUUUCUAUAUUUUUCUAUAGCGAAAGGUGAAUUUUAGGGUUUUAAAAGUGUUUUUUCUUUAAUCUCUUUGAUCUUUUCUUAAUAUUUCUGCUAGGUUAUAUAAAUAUUUGUUAAAUUUAUCUAAACAUCGAUUUCCCACUAUAUUUUUACUCGCUUUGGAAAGAUAUUGCGUUGUUGUUUUAGCAUGCGAUGGAACAAACAUAUCGAAAAGAUCAAUCUAGACUUUAAAAUCUGAUCAAGAUGCAAAAAAAUAGCCAGAAUAACUUAACAAACUAAAGUAUAACUCUUUCUACCCAGAUUUUUUUAGACUUCGUGCGAGAAAAAGAUUUUGUCAAAAAAUAACAUACUAAAUUCAUAAAAUUUCUACAAGUUUUGCCCGACAUUUACUUUCAUAUUUUUAAAGUUAAAAUCGAAAACUUGCUAUUAUAUUACAACUGAAACAAAAUUAAUCAAUGUUAGAACUUAUUCUUUGAAAUGUAUUAAUAAAACAGACGGAAAAUACCUGAUUCUUUGCCUGGCAUAAUCUGCUUCUUUUAUCGGACGGCGAAAAACUGCAAAACAUUGCCUCGCACGCCGCGAAAAACAAUGAAAUUUGAAGUAAGACUAAAUCGAUGAACAAGUUUAGUAAAGAUUUACAUAGUCAAAACAGAAAUAUUGAAAAAAUGAAGGGAUUACCAUAAAAAACACGUCUCAGUCAAACACUGAAAUUCAUUUUUCGCCGUAUAGAAAUAUAGCAGAAUGAUCUAUGAAUUGUAAAUAUAUAGUGUAAUGUACAUUAUACUGUAGCGCAACCUUAAAAUCUGAAAGUACAGGGAUGCAUUACUGUACAAGUCGUGUAAACAUGGACCGUUCUCUGGUUGCAACUAGUAGUGUUUCAAGGUGUUUAGAUUACAGUCUGUAUUGGGUUAGUUGAUGUUAAUAUCGAUCCUGCAUUUUAAUAUAAUAUUAUGGUUAGAAAGUCGCCAUUCAAAACGUGCAUGUUUUAUCUAUAUAUUCCAGGUAGUUUUACAGAUUGAGCCAGAAGUGUAUACAUGUUAAUAUUUUAGGUCUGGUUUUGCAGUUGAUUUUUCAACUGAUGAACAGAUUGAAGAUGAAAAAGGUGUUAGGAGUUUAUCUUGUGGCACCGAGAAAGGAAAGCAUAAGUGCAAGAAUCACAGAACGGCAGGUGGGUCCAAUCUGUAA